AUGAAACGAACAAAAACAAAUGAUACCAACAAGCCGCCAAAUAAACGUGCCUUCAGGCGAGCUACAACUAUCAGUAUUGGUGAAUCUGAUACACAAGAAACGAAACAUUAUCUAGGCGCCAAAAGCAAAGGUACAAUCGAAUUUGCAGAGAAACAGCAAAAUACCCUAAAGAAUAAGAAACCUUUUGGCAAAUGCGAAUAUGGCAACUAUCAAGGCUACUAUACCUCACGUAGAAAGCAAGGGAAGGCAAAGCUCGAUGCAAGACUUGAUUUGCUGAAUGAAGAAUUGUUUGAAAACAAGCAUGUGCUGGAUAUUGGGUGUAAUUCUGGCAACAUAUCUAUUGCACUAGCGAAACGAUACAAUGUUGCUUCCAUGCACGGUGUUGAUAUCGAUGAUACUUUGAUCUCUAAAGCCAAUAUCAAUUUAUGCGUGGCCUAUUCCCUUGGGCAUCCCACAAAACCUUCGCCCAUCGACCUUAGCUUAAGGUUCAAUUACUUUCCAAAGUCCAUGUCCAACAUGUUUGGUAUGAUGCCAAUGUCUCUACCGCCUAUGAAACAUAAAGACAGCCAUCGAUUUCCAUUCAAUGUCUCUUUCGAAACGAUGGAUUGGGUCAAGACGCCAAUCACCAAAUACAAUCAGUACGACACCAUUUUAGCGCUGAGCAUAACAAAAUGGAUCCAGCUGCACAAUGGCGAUAAGGGCUUGAGAUCAUUCUUCAAAAAGGUAUAUGAUUCAUUAGCUCCUGGCGGCACAUUAGUGUUGGAGCCUCAAGACUUUGACACAUUCCAACGAAGAGCAAAGAAAAUCGACCCUUCAAAAGAUGUUGAGCAGGAACUCAAAUUUCGACCUGAAGAUUACGCUGAUUUCUUGAUCAAUAAGCUAGGGUUCAAAGAGCGUCGCGAUCUUGGUGUCCCCAAGAGUGAAGUCAAAGGCUUUGAAAGACCCAUUAUUCUCUACAUCAAAUAG